AUGGAGGCGGCCUCGGCGCGAUACGCGGCAAGGGACCGUUGGGGAGACCCGGGUCACCCGGCGCCGUCACAGCUUCUACGAUACAUUGCUUCGGCCUGCAGUCCCGAGAACUACGAACCCAACCUCGCGCUCAAUCUCGAGAUCAGCGACCUCAUCAACGCCAAGAAGGGCUCAGCCCCGCGCGAGGCGGCCGUGGCCAUUGUCAACUACAUCAACCACCGCAACCCCAACAUUGCCAUGCUGGCUCUGAACCUGUUGGAUAUAUGCGUCAAGAACUGCGGCUACCCUUUCCACUUGCAAAUCAGCACCAAGGAGUUCCUGAACGAGCUGGUCCGCCGCUUCCCCGAACGCCCGCCUAUCCGCCCGACCCGUGUCCAGCUCAAGAUCCUCGAGCUGAUAGAAGAAUGGCGCGGUACGAUUUGCGAGACGAGCAGGUACAGGGAGGACUUGGGGUUCAUUAGGGAUAUGCACCGGUUAUUGAGUUAUAAGGGGUAUACGUUCCCGGAGGUCAGGAGGGAGGAUGCGGCCGUGUUGAAUCCUAGCGAUAUGGAAAAGGAGGAGAGGGAAGCCCAGUCGGCCAAGCUACAAGAGCUCAUUCGCAGGGGCACCCCUGAGGACCUUCGCGAGGCCAACCAACUGAUGAAGAUUAUGACGGGUUACGAUACAAGAUCGAAGGUCGACUACCGCGCCAAAGCGGCGGAGGAGGUGGCCAAAAUUCAGCAGAAGGCGAGGUUGUUGGAGGAGAGGUUAGCGCAGUUUAAGCCUGGUGAUAAGAUGGCGGACGGUGAUGUGUUCUCGGAGCUCGCCUCAGCCCUGUCCAGCGCCCAACCAAAGAUCCAGAAGAUGUGUGAGGAAGAGUCGGAAGACCACGAAGCUGUUGCGAAGCUGCUGGAAAUUAACGAUGCCAUUCACCGGACUUUCCAGAGAUACAGGCUGCUGAAGAAGGGAGACUUUGAGGGUGCUGCCAAGUUGGCCGACCCCAAUUUCACCCCAUCUGCGAGUGCUGGUGGGAAGGGCGCAGCCGGCGAGCUGUCUUUGAUUGACUUUGACGACGCUGCGGCAGACACAAACGGUUCUGGCAGUCAAGGGGCAUCUCAAGCUUCCGGAUCUGGUCUUGAAAAUGACCUCCUAGGCCUGUCCUUAGGGGAAACGAGCAGCUACGGCCAAACGGGCGGUAUUGCUUUGGGUUUUGGUGCCAAUACUAAUAUCCCUGGCCCGGCUCUUUUGUCUUCGGUUACACAAAACAACAGCGCUGGAGGGAACUACAGCGCAUCAACAUCAACCUCACCAGCACCGCCCCCUGGCUUCUCAAACUUUUCCGCCUUCAGCUCGGCGCCCUCGUCCAAGACGGCCACCCCAAAGCCUGUCAGGUCGGCGUUCUCACCGCCCGCCUCCAAACCAGUUUCCAACGAUCCCUUUGCCCAACUGGCCUCUCUUGGCUCCAAGCCAGCGACACCCACGCCAGCGGCACCCCAAAACAACGACGAUGACGAGUGGAGUUUCUCCUCGGCCCUCCCACCAGAAGCUCCCGCCCAGCCCAGGGAGCACACGGCCGUCAUCAACAACACCAAUCUCAAGAUUGACUUCAAGGCCUUCCGAGCGGCCGAGGGACAACCACCGGUGGAUUUGCUCAUGCUGUUCAGCAACAACACUCCCUUCCCAGUAACGGAACUGCACUUUCAACUAGCGGUGACCAAGGGCUACGAGUUACAACUCACGCCACAGUCCGGCCGUAAUCUCUUGCCAAAACAAAUCAACGGGGUCAAACAGGAGGUCAAGGUGUGGCGCUCGGGGGACAAGUCGCAGAAGGUGGAAAAGAUCAAGCUGCGGUGGAGGGUGAGCUACAAGCUGAAUGGGGAGGUGAAGAAUGAGAUGGGGGAGGUGCCGGAGUUUAGUAUUCCGUAG